CAAAGCGUCUGAGCAGAGCAGGAUAGCUACGUACUGGUGCGGGCUGCAGAUAUGUCUGUCGUCGCCAGUGAGUGAGUGAGGUCGCCUGCUGAAUCUCUGGAGGAAGUGCACCUGCAUGCCAAGAAGCGAGUGCCUAAGCUGCGCACCUUGGCUCUGCCGCGUCCGUCUUGUCUGUUUACCCCGCGGCGCUCUAACACUUUUUCUUACUGCCUGUGAGGGGUGCAGAUGAAGACACACACAGGAGGGAGAACUACUGAGAGAGGACCCACACUCAUCCUCCGCACACAGAUCUGAGAUCUGACCUCUCACCCCUGACCUCUGACCCAGUGCCCCCUGCUGGUUCGGGUCACCUUUGACCCUACCGUGAUGAGCGUGUGCGGCAGGAAGGCCCUGGCGUUGCUGAGCAGCGUGUUUGCGGUGAGCGGGCUGGGGCUUCUGGGAGUUGCGGUCUCUACAGACUACUGGCUGUACCUGGAGGAGGGGGUCAUCCUGCCCCUCAACCAGACCACUGACAUCAGGACCUCCCUGCACUCUGGACUUUGGAGAGUCUGCUUCCUGGCAGGUGAAGAGGCAGGUCGCUGUUUCACCAUAGAGUACAUCAUGCCCAUGAACUUACAGCUGACCUCUGAGUCCACAGUCAGUGUACUUAAGAUGAUUCGUUCAGCCACUCCGUUUCCUCUGGUCAGUCUGUUCUUCAUGUUCAUCGGCUUUGUGCUCAACAACAUCGGACACGUCCGACCUCAUCGCACCAUCCUGGCCUUUGUCUCUGGAAUCUUCUUCAUCCUCUCAGGUCUGGCUCUGGUGGUAGGUCUCGUGCUGUAUAUAUCCAGUAUUAAUGAUGAGAUGUUGAACAGGACUAAGAGCAGUGAGUCCUACUUCAGCUACCGGUACGGCUGGUCCUUCGCCUUCGCUGCCAUCUCCUUUCUGCUCACUGAGAGUGCGGGUGUCAUGUCCGUCUACCUGUUCAUGAAGCGCUACACAGCCGAGGAAAUGUACCAGCGCCACCACCCCGGCUUCUACCGGCCGCGCCUCAGUAACUGCUCUGACCACUCCGGUCAGUUCUUGCACCCGGAGACCUGGGCACGUGGACGCAGCCCCUCGGACAUCUCCAGUGAAACCUCGCUCCAGAUGAGCGCCAGCUACCCGGCCCUGCUCAAGUGCCCCGACUACGACCAGGUCUCCUCCUCGCCCUGCUGAAGGGGUCAUCAGGUCAGGGCAGGUCGCCAGGGGUCAAGGGUGAGAGGUCAUAGGUGAUGUUGCUUUUAGAUACUGAUCUAAGGUCAGCUUUCUUUUUUCUUUGUUAAGUUAUCUGGAAUCUGGGGAGGGUUGCUGGGUGUGGAUCGAACCACCCGCCUGCUUAGUUUACUGGGAGAUCAGUCCCAAUAGAGAGAGGCUUCCCUGUAUGUCACUUUAUUUUGUUGUUGUUCGUUCCCAUUGUGAUGCUGUGUCCUGGACCUUGUUUGAAUACUGCAACCAACCAUGAUUGCUGCUGAGGCAACAGUUGAUGCCGCUGUACCAUAUCUUACCUACAGAUGGCAGCAAAGUGCAGAGUUUUUUCAGGAGUAUUCACUUCUCACAUAUAUUUUCUAUUAUAUUAGGAUACUGCCACUGCUUAAUUAACUUGAUGAGGACCAAACUAACAUUUACACAAAUGUUUGAAUGGGAACAAAACAUGUCACUAUGUUAAAGUGGCAAUUAGCGGUUGAAACAAAAACAAAGUGAUUUCCCCACCCCUGUUUCAGUAAAAAGCUGAGGGAUGGGGCUGGAGAAAUGGAACCACUCUCAAAUUCAUAGACAGAGCUAUGGAUGCAAGGACUGGCCAUCCAUGAUA